CUGUCACUGCUGCUGCUCGACAGCCUUCUCUUGCCUCGAGUGUCUACAAAUUUCCCCUGUUCCAUCCUCCGUGCUCCCUCUCCCUCACCACACCCACGUCUAGCUAACAUCUGCCUAUCUUACUCUGCUCGAUUCUUCUGAAUUCGUGCUAAACCACUCUUCUCUGUCUCGUUGAACUCUAUCCCUUCAAAUAUCAUACCCUCUAUUAUCUUAUUCUCUGACUUCCUUUACCUCCAUUUCUGUGUGCCGUCGGAUUUCUCCGCAGUGCUGCUUGCUGUCUGUCUUUUCGCGCCACGCUCCUACGAACUAUCACGUAGGGGCUUACUGUCAGCGAGAGGCGUUUAACUAGUCCUUGUCGUCCCUUGACCUUGUUCUUCCUGACUCAUUGCCUCGAUUCCUUUCUUUCAUUAAACUCGACUUUCUGGACUUGUCUUUUCGACAGAUCUUACUACAGACUGCUUGUACUGCUUUCUCUUGUACUUCUCAACAACACCACACACAUCGGUUUAAUGUCUGGCUGGUUUUGUUGAUCAAAACCGUCAUUUGGCCUUUUACAUUGAAAGUUGGACAUUGUCAAAGGCUCUAGCCACCUUAACUACCACGUUCAUCCGAUAUCUUCAAGAUCUAUAUGGUCUCCAUCCUCAUCUUUGGGAGCUGUCUUACCGCAAUUACCUCAACACUGCAUUCUACGAAGCGUACAUUAAUUUACCUUAAAAGUAUCACUAUCAUCUAAAAAUGGCUCCCGUCACUCGCAACGAUAUUGUGGCCGACGCCCAUACGUCCAGCACUGAAGAUCGUCGAGGAUCUACAUCCGAGUCGGCGCAGCCAACGCCUAAUUCUGAUCGUACUUCGCAGUCUCCGGCACCCUCCAUGCACAAGUCCAAGUGUGAAUCGUGCGGAGAAUUUUUUGAGACUGCCAACGGGGACGAAGAAUCUCUCCGUGCGGCUCUGAAGGAGCACAUCGCGGCUGUUCAUCCGCAUAUUGCGAAGUCCUCCUUAGACGAUCCUGCUGCUGACGGAGCUAAGAACGGCGAAGCCCAUGAGUCUGAAUCGGUGGCAGCUAAGGAUGCUGAAGCCAAAAAUGUCGAAGGAACCCCUGAUAUCGGUGCGGAAGACAAUGGCGAAGCUCGUCUUGCCAACCAAGGACAUGCUGAAAGCCAUAGAGAGACCGAAGCGGAAGUUGAGAGCUAUAGACAUCACCUUUCUGCUCCCUUCAUCAGUAUCCACGGAACUCCUGCGGAGCAGAUUAUUGCUUUAGUAGAGCAGCGCGCCCACCAAUAUUGGAAUCUCCAUGACGUGCAACGUUUCUCCUCAGGCUACGAAGAUGAAACCAAGGAUCUUGAUGAGCUCUGGGGUCUUAUGCACAGUGGCAGCAACCCUCUCAAGAAGCGAGGUUCUGAUGAAUUUGGCGAUCGUCCCACACCUUACAAGAAAACGAAAGUCGCAAGGGGCGAAUUUCUGGAGAUCACGCCUGUCACAGACAUCUUGGCCCAGCUUCGAGAUCCCGAGUUGCGAUCUCACGACGAGUUGUAUGCAAUCACUGCUAAUGUGGCACAUACUCUCAAGGUUUGGCAGGCCGAAUACAUGGCUAUUGACAAACUCACCAAAUUGGCCACGCGGAGCGCCUCCAAGCAGACUGUCAAUCCAAGAAAACCAGAGCAGCCAGCGGUCUUUGAAGAUAAAAAGGAAUCCAUUCUUUACGGAUACAAAUAUGACCCCAAGCAGGAGAAAAUCAACAAUCAGGACCCGUUUAUUCAAGGUGGCUUCAAAGCUACUCCAGCCCAACAGAGAAAGAUGGAUGAGAAGGUCAACCGUGGCGACCCCAAUCCUGACGGGUGGACUGUUCUCUCCAGGUUCGGAGUCGACUGUAUUCCUAAAUUCCAGAACCCGCCCAAAGAGGAGGAGUCUGUCAGCAAAAACACGCGUAAACGCAAGGCAGCUGAAUUGGAGGCGGCCAGAGCGGCCGAGGCUGCAUCCCGGGCUACUCCUAACCCCUCAAUAACAACGGUUGAUACACAACAGGACCUCUAUGCUCAUCAGGGACCACCACCCAAAAGACAACGCACUCGUGGCGGGAGACAGGGAGCAACCGCAGAAGCCCCAACUUCAGAUAAUACUACUGCUUCUGCAGAGGCAGACACCACUCCUGGAACUCCUGGUUCCACCCCCGGCCCUUCAUCUACACCUUUCCGUGGUUCCACUCGUGGACGUGGAGGGCGCGGAGGGCGCGCAGGACGCGGGCAACGUGGUCGGGGAGCAUUGAGAGCAUUGCCACGAACUUUACCUCAAACAGACGGUGCUCAAGAUACCCCUGCCACAGCACCUGAUACGCCGACAACAUCUACGCGUGGCCGUGGUCAAGGACGCACUUCUACUCUGCCCGGAACUACGAACACCCCGCCGCCGAUUCAAGCACGUCCAGCCACUGCUACCUGUACGGGUUCCCAACCUGCUCCUAUCGCUCCCGCGCCUUCUAAUAAUACACAGGGACAGGGAUCGGGCUCCAGUACUGUUCUUAUGUCUACUGCUCCUAAUGAAUCGCUGGACCCUGCAGAAUUAAUAAGACGCCAGAAGAUUGCGAAUUCUAAAAAUCCCAAACGCACUGAGGCUAUGCUAAAUCAUUGGGAAAGAUUCAUCGCUGCGGGACGCAUCCGGAACCCGAAACGUAGCAAGGAAGAGAUUGAGGCUGCUCGUGCAGAUGAAGCAGCUAGGAAGGCUGCUGAAGGCCCAAAGGUUGGAGGGAGAAAACGGAAAAGCGCUGCAACGGAAGCCGCUAAGAAACACAAGAUGGAGACAGCUGUUGCGCCGGCCGUACAGCUCGCGCCUGCUCUGACUACUGGAGUUGAACCAGCCACCGUCCCGGCAGUGACACUUCAGCCCAGUCAUUCCCUGACUACUUCCGCCCAACAAACCCCUGUUCAAACUGUUCAAAGCCACGCGGACAUAUUUGGGGCUUCUCAUGCCAGCGCUCCACAUGCUCCCAUACAAGCGACUCCCACCGGCCCUCAAGCACCUCCUACUCACCCUUCCCAUGUGCAGGGUUCUCACUCCCAGACUCAUCUGGCCCCGAGCCAUCGCAACCCACUUCCACCUGUGCAGCCUGCGCACUCCCAGACUCACGCUCAGACAUCGACUGUACAGCAUACAUUCGCUCAGAGCACUCACGCUCAGCCUGCGCCUGUUCAACCUGCUCCUGUUCAGCCACCGCAUCUCCAGGCAGCAGGUCCAAUUCACCCUGCUCGCCAUUUAGCUCCUCAGCCUGUCCACUUAUUCCCGCAUCAUACGCCUAGUUCUCUUCCCCCGUCACUGUCGCCAUACGCACCUAUCGACCCACGGGUCGUUGGACGUCCUCCUUAUGAUCCGGCACGACCCAGCGGCCUACAUGGCCCGCCUUUUCCCCCAACCCACCCACUUCCUCAUCCGCCGCAUCAACCACAUUACCAGACAGUUUAUCCUCCAUACCCGGAGUAUUACCUGCAUUACGGCCGCCCGUCGUUGCCUCGGCCAGGCAAUCCACACGGUCACCCAAGGCCAUGAUUUAAGCAACGAUGGGCGGCCGUGAUAUUUUCCUGCUUUAUUUUCCUCCUUUUUUUUAAUUUAACAUGUAUUAUUUCAUGUUCUUCUGGUUUAAUCUGGUGUGUAGUAACUACAGUUGAAAAGAAUAAUGUACAUGAUUCGGGCUUUAAUCCUACGGACUGUGACUAUUAGAUGGAGAAAAUUCUUGAAUAUAGAUUAUCAAAGUGCCUCUUAGCAAUUGCAUUC